AUGAGAUUAGUUAUUCGCAAAGACUAUGACGCUGUUUCAUACCAUGUCGCCAAGUAUGUACUGGAGCGCAUCAAAGAGUUUGCUCCAACAGAGUCGAAACCAUUUGUUCUUGGUCUCCCAACUGGGUCAUCACCUAUUGGUGUUUAUCGCAAUCUCGUUAAAUUUCAUCAGGCAGGAGAGCUUUCUUUCAGACACAUUAUCACCUUUAACAUGGAUGAAUACGUUGGAUUACCCAGAGAUCACCCCGAGUCAUACCACACAUUCAUGUGGAACAACCUCUUCCGAUAUAUCGACAUCCCACCAGAAAAUGUUAAUAUCCUCGACGGCAACGCAGUAGAUCUGGAUCUUGAAUGUCAACUCUAUGAAGAAAAGAUUGCAGCAGUGGGCGGAAUUGAAUUGUUUUUAGGCGGUAUCGGCCCCGAUGGUCACAUCGCAUUCAAUGAACCAGGCUCAUCGCUCAGCUCACGAACCCGUGUCAAGACUCUUGCGUACGAAACGAUCGUUGCCAAUGCUCGUUUUUUUGACAAUGAUAUCACAAAGGUUCCAAACUUGGCAUUGACUGUCGGUGUCGGUACGAUCAUUGAUGCCCGUGAGGUUUGUAUCAUAAUCACUGGCGCACACAAAGCACUGGCAUUGGCCAAGUGUAUUGAGGAAGGGAUGAACCACAUGUGGACUGUUUCCGCUAUUCAGGUUCAUCCACGGGGUAUGAUUGUAUGUGAUGAGGAUGCAACACUGGAACUCCACGUCAAAACUGUAAACUACUUCAAAUCGAUUGAAAAGGUUCAUGAACAAUUACUAGGCGCGCAUAAUAUCGCAACACAAGAAUAAAAAAAAAGUGUCUGUGUAGACAUAUCACGUGCAAUCCAAAUAGUUUAAAUUCAACUUUGCUUUGGGGGCAGCGUUUGCUCCCUCUCUAAAACUUGUUCAAAGGUGCGUCUGCGAACUGCGUAUGGAUUCCAGGAUUUAUCUUCAUCCAUCCAUCCUAUUCAUCUAUCCUAUUCAUCUAUCCAUCCAUCCAUUCAUCCGAACCCUUCUCAACUCUCAACAAUUGUUCAUCCAAGUGUUGAAUAAACAUCUCAAUCAUGGAUAUCAACUGCUUAAAUGUCAUUGACAAUAAGGAUGCUAAGGAGUUUUCUGAUCUUGGAGAUUUAUUUUUUAUAAAUUGAUCUUUUGAUCUUUUAUAAAAAAAUUCGACCCAACGAUGGUCCU